UCCUCCUCGGCUCCGGAUUCUGAGAGCGGCAGGAUGGCGCUGCGGCGCGUGCGCAGCCUCGCGGCACAGUCCCGGUACGGAGGAUGCUGGGCGCGAGCUCUGGAGCACCUGGACACGAGCUGCCGGGACUUGACGUCGGAGAGCCAGAGCCGGAUCGCGCUGCGGUUCACUCACUGUCACCUGAGCAGCUCAGGCAGGGAUUUCCCUUCAUGCCCUGAGGGGUCAGAGGUCAGCAGGUGUACAGCUGGCAUGGACACUGUGGCGUUUAACACCUAUACAGAGUUCUUCACCCACACUCACUCCAUGUGCCACUUCCUGCAGUCUGAGGCCUGGCAGCGCCAAGCUGAAAGCACCAUGUACAGACUGACAGAGAGCUCGGCAGGUGUAGCUGAGCAGCUUGAAUCCACCAGACUGAUGGCUAAGGACCUGAUUGAGGCCCAGAGUGCUGCCUUACAGGCGCAGAAGGAGAUCCUGACCAAUGGUGAGGAGCUGAGAGUCACGCUGAGAGACUCAACGCAGGGCCUGCGGUCAGUGUUCGCAGAACUCAGCAGCACCUCAAGGGAGCAGCAGGUGGCGUUAUCUGAACUCUUCAACAGAGUUUCCUUCCUGCAGAGUUUCCUGAUGAUGGAGACUCACAGCCUGAGCUCCUGCUGCUACAAUGCCGCUGCCUUCUGCGCUUCUUUCCUCAUUACCUCCAUCCCACGCUCCUCCAGAGCCAGAUUGGUGUUAUUGGGUUUAGUAUGUUUGAACUUCUACCUGGAGAGGAAGAUCUACCGCUUUGUGAUGAACUCCGAUAACCCUGGACACCCGCACAUGGAGCUGCUCGCCAUAGACCCGGUGCAGCAGAGCCUGCAGGUGCUGCAGCAGCUCAGAGAGACUCAGAGGAACCUGCAGGAGGCGCUGCAGCACGCAGAGAGUUUAGGGGGGCGACAGAAGAUGACAGCAGACGAUCAGCUUCGUGUGAAGAGGAGAUCGGAGAGCAGAAGAAGAGAGGAGAUGCUGAGGAGGAGGGAGGCGGACAUUCCGGUGUGUCCGACCACAGAGUGCUCAGACCUGUCUCACCUCUCACACGCUGGUUGGAGCGGUGACAGCAUCCUCAGCAUCACCGUGAACACCUCAGGAGCCGACUCCACGCUCAAAAACACUUCCCACAAUGCCUCAGUGCAGAGUCCAGGCAGGCGUCCCCGUCGCUCAUCCUCCUGCCUUCCUCAGUCUGCCUCCUCUUCCUCCUCCUCCCCGCUGGUGUACAGCAUCCUGGUGGAGGACAAGCAGCCUCGUUACAGCCUGAGGAGCAGAAGGUCGGAGAUCCGCUGAUGGAGCCGCUGCCUUUUUUUCUACUGGAAAUGGGUUUUUAUUUCUUAUU